AUGGCCUCCGGACUCAUCCUCGAUCCGCUCGCUCUGCUGCGCGUCCUCCCUUUUGCCAGUAGCACCGGCACGCUGGUAUGCGCCACGGGUGAACUCAUCCACAAUGGCGGCUUUGUGCAGCCCGAAUUGCGUCGUCAGGGAAACUCAACGCUGCCUCAGUGGUACGCCUACGUCUUCCCGCGCGGCGUAUCGCUCGUCCUCCUUCUGAAUCUGACGACUAUCGGCUCGACCGUCGCCAAUCUCAUUACUAGUCCGCGCGCGCGUCCGCUGCCCCUGUCGCGCGCCACCUUCUACUGGACCGGGCUGGUCAGCGCUAUCGGACAUCUCUGCUUCGUGCCGUGGGUGGCGCCUCGCAUUCAACGCAUCGUGGAGGAUACCCGGGGAGAGGGGGAGCCGACGCGAGAGAUGCAGGCGUGGUUGGGAUAUCAUCGCAUUCGCAUGCUGGUGGCGGAUUUUCCGGCCUGGCUGGCUUUGGUGGGAGCGGUUCUGAUACGUUGA